GUCCAGCCCAAACGCCGGCGACACUCGUGCGGCCGGGCGGCUAUCUAGGCGCCAGGCGGUUACUCUGGUUACUGCCGAAGCGCUGCACUGGGAGGUCUGCCGCCGCCCGCGAGGGAUGCUGGUGAUGAGUCGCUCGGGAGCCGCCGCCGCAGCUGCUCUCUGAGGCGGGGAGCGCCCUGGAAAGUGUCGUUCAGCUGGGUGAAGAUUCGGGGACUGGUGCCUUGGGAGCCGCGAGGAGGAGGAAGUUUGGAGGUGGGGGCUACGCUUCCCAGUCCUGGAGCCGCAGUCUCGAGUCCGAGGCCAUCUUUGGUGGGAGAAGGCUGCCCUGUCCGACGUCUCCCUUUGAGAGUGGAGGCCCCGGGCAAGAGAAGGAGCUCUCUCUCCGCGCCGUCUCAGCUCUCGAGCUUUCCGACCCGGUGAGGCCGCAGUUCCCCAGCGCAAGAUAUUUCUUUGAUGUUUGUCUCCCUGUUGCUCUUCCGAAAGGACACCUGCUGCUAGUGAGAGCGAAGAGCAAUUUCACUGCACGACAAGCCAACAACAAAAUUUAAUACGUUAUCCGGAAUUAAUCUCCCAGGACUCCCAGCACUCCCCCACCCCCCAUAGAUGGAUUGCUUGAGAGGGGAGAGUCUGAUCUCGAGCUGUUGGAGAUUUUUAAAUACUUUUCUUUAAAUCCUGGAGAACGUUCCGGUCUAAACGUACUUUUUACUAACUUAUAUGAUUUUGUAAAUUUCUCUGAUUUGAAUUGUAAUCCCGUGACGGUGUUUCCUGGACUUUGGCCGGUCCCCCGCGCUCCUUUUUGGCAACACAUUUUGGGGAGAGCAUCUAAACGCCAAAACCCUACCAGGAAAAAAAAAAUCUCCUGACGUUGAUCCGGAGUCCCCGAAGAAGCCUUUUAACCAUGUGGACUUUUCUCGGCAUCGCUACUUUCACCUAUUUUUAUAAGAAAUGCGGAGACUUUGUCUCUCUGGCCAACAAGGAGCUGUUGCUAUGCGUGCUGGUGUUCCUGUCGCUGGGGCUCGUGCUGUCUUAUCGCUACCGGAGCGGGGCCCUCCUCGGGCGCCGGCAGAGUGGCUCCCAGUUGGCGGGCUUCUCCUAUAUUCUGUCAGCUUUGCCUUUCAUUGGCUUCUUCUGGGCCAAAUCCCCCGCUGGAUCAGAAAAUAAAGAGCAGCUGGGGUCUAGGAGGUGCAAAAAAGGGACCAGUAUUUCAGAAACAACCUUAAUAGGAACAGCUGCCUCUACCCUGACCUCUUCUCAAAACGAUCCAGAAGUUAUCAUCGUGGGAUCUGGUGUCCUCGGCUCUGCUUUGGCCGCAGUGCUUUCUAGAGAUGGAAGAAAGGUGACGGUAAUUGAGAGAGAUUUAAAAGAGCCUGACCGGAUCCUUGGAGAAUUUCUGCAGCCAGGUGGUUAUUAUGCCUUGAAAGACCUUGGUCUUGAAGAUACAGUGGAAGGUAUUGAUGCCCAGGUUGUAAAUGGCUACAUAAUUCAUGAUCAGGAAAGCAAAACAGAGGUUCAGAUUCCUUUCCCCCUGUCAGAGAACAAUCAUGUGCGGAGUGGAAGAGCUUUCCAUCAUGGAAGAUUCAUCAUGCGUCUCCGGAAGGCAGCUAUGGCAGAGCCCAAUGCAAAGUUUAUCGAGGGCACUGUGCUGCAGUUACUAGAAGAAGAUGAUGCUGUGAUGGGAGUUCAGUACAAGGAUAAAGAGACUGGAGACAUCAAGGAACUCCAUGCUCCAUUGACUAUUGUUGCAGAUGGACUUUUCUCCAAGUUCAGGAAAAACCUGAUCUCGAAUAAAGUUUCCAUUUCUUCACAUUUUGUUGGCUUCCUUAUGGAGAAUGCACCGCAGUUUAAAGCAAAUCAUGCCGAACUUAUUUUAGCUAACCCAAGUCCAGUUCUCAUCUACCAAAUUUCACCUAACGAAACUCGAGUACUUGUGGACAUCCGAGGAGACAUGCCAAGGAACUUGAGAGAAUACAUGACUGAAAAUAUCUACCCACAGUUACCUGAUCACCUGAAAGGACCAUUCCUAGAAGCCUCUCAGAAUUCACGUUUGAGAUCGAUGCCAGCAAGCUUCCUCCCUUCUUCACCAGUAAACAAACGAGGUGUUCUUCUUUUGGGAGAUGCAUACAAUAUGAGGCAUCCUCUUACUGGUGGAGGAAUGACUGUUGUUUUUAAUGAUAUAAAACUGUGGAGAAAAUUGCUGAAGGGUAUCCCUGACCUUUAUGAUGAUGCAGCUGUUUUCCAGGCCAAACAAUCAUUUUAUUGGACAAGAAAAAAGUCUCAUUCCUUUGUUGUGAAUGUUCUUGCUCAGGCUCUUUAUGAAUUAUUUUCUGCCACAGAUGAUUACCUACAUCAACUGAGAAAAGCCUGUUUUUUUUAUUUCAAACUUGGUGGAAAAUGUGUUGCAGGUCCGGUUGGGCUGCUUUCCGUAUUAUCUCCCAAUCCUCUGGUUUUAAUCGGACACUUCUUUGGCGUUGCAGUCUAUGCCACCUAUUUUUGCUUUAAAUCGGAACCUUGGAUUACAAAACCCCGAGCCAUUUUCAGUAGCGGUGCUGUAUUGUACAGAGCGUGUUCUGUAAUAUUUCCUCUGAUUUACUCAGAAAUGAAGUACUUGGUUCAUUAAGCUUAAAGGGGAACCAUUUGUGAAUGAAUACUGGGAACUCGCCAAGUCUGCAGUGACUUGGAAGAGAGUGUAUAUAGCACAGUACUCCUCCCGCUUCUGAAGUGGGAAUUCUUGGACCAAGAUUGGGAUUAAUUUGUUUUUGAAGUUAUUUUGUAUAUAAACAUACAUGUAAAUAUAUACUUUAGUUUGCAAUUUCAAAUGAAGGGUAAAAUAAGAUAGAUAUUUAAAAGAAAUGAUUGUUACCAUAAAUUAGUGCUAACAUUGAGGAGCUGCAGUUUGUCUUUUGAAUUCAGUAUUUGGGAUGAGUCACUGUGGGACAUGCAAAUAAAAUGAAGAAUGAACUCUCA